AUGGGACCACCCUAUUCGGCUGCUGGCGCUGAGGAAGGCGAUUUUGCCUCGCUAGGAAUCGACGAGCGCAUAAGGAACCCCAUGGAAAAGCGAGGCAUUACGCGCCCAUCACGACAGCAGCAUGCCGCCAUACAGGCCAUGCUCAACAGGGAGAACGUGGUGUUGCAGUCGAAAUCGGGCACGGGAAAAACCCUCAGCUUCUGCAUAGCGCUGGUGCAAAUGAUGCAGCAGCGCUGCUGUGCGGAGAAAAAGGGUGCGGCCACUGGGGAUGCAGAUGAACUGCAGGACGCUCAGACGGGGAGGGAGCACGAGGCGGAAUCAGACGUGAAAUCGGAGACUAAAGCCAUCCCUGCUAAGGGAGAAAUUGAAUUUUCGCCUGAAGGCGAAGAUAAAACCACGGCGGUUGAUCCCCUGGAGGGCACCUUGCCAACGACAUCUAGGGUAGAGGAAGGCGACCCUGCAGUCGGCGAGCAAGAGGACGGGGCAAUUGCUAAAACAAAUGGCCAACGCGAAAACGAGGGCGAGGCAAACGCGGGAAACCGACCAGAUGUUGAGGCUGGACAAACGGAAAAUAAGAAUGUGGGAGCGACCCACACCGAUGCCGACAUCCCACCAGCGGAGACUGACACCACUCAACGUAUGGAAGAUGCCUCGGAAACGCAAGAAAAUAACACAAUGGAAGAAGUAACUUUCGGAAACGCAGUUGUCAUUGCCCCCACUCGUGAACUUGCUGUGCAAAUCAACCGCACUUUAACCGAACUGGCCGAGGAAAUACCAGACGUAAAAACAGCACUAACUGUCGGCGGGGCGGAUAUGAAAAAGGAUGUGGGCGGUUUUAUGAACAUGGCGCCUCAAAUUCUGGUGGCAACGCCGGGAAGACUCAUAAAUGUCAUAAAAUUUGUCAAGCGGCUGGCGAAAGCCUCCGCGACGCACAGCAAAGUAUUGUAUUGGGACACGCACAUAGUUGUAUUGGACGAGGCGGACAUGCUGAUUGACGAUCACUUCAUGGAUCAAACGAGGAGGAUCUGCAAAAGGCUCGUCAACCCCUUUGUGCAGGUGGUAGCCACGUCAGCGACCUUCGUAAAGUACCAAUUCAAACUUUACGAGGACCUACUCAACGACCUUGACGAAGAUUUUUACAAAAGACUAUUGCCAACGCUUUCCAAAAUUGGGAAAGGGGAUUUUGACAUACUGAAGAGCGCUUUCAGUUACCAUGUUUACAGCGCACUGAAAAAAUUGGUUGAAAAGGGCGAUUUUACUUCAUUUGGUGCAACAGACGAACAAUAUAAAGAGGCGAAUGAGCUAGAGGAGCGGUACUACGAUGUGGAGUUUGUUGAAAUGGAGGAUUCCUGCGACUCUGACGUUGCUGUGCAAACACAUGAUAACGGCGAACCGACGUCAGACCAUCCCAAUGAGUCCAAGUAUCGCCUCCACCACACGCUGAAGUCAAUUGUGGAUUUCCUCAAAGAAUUCAUGAGAGAAACUAAGCAGAUGAUAGUGUCAGCAAGCCAUGUUAACCGAGUCGAGCUGCCAGCGAAGGGCGUCAUUUGCUUCACCGAAAACGACUGCCUGCAGGACGUGCAGAGCGUAAAGGAGGCAAUAGAGGAGGGCGAGCAGGAUGUGGUUGAUAAAUUCGACUCGCCGGUGCUCAAGAAUGUUGUGUUCUGCUACACCAAGGUGCCGGAGGCACCCAAUAUUGUGAAACAGGUAUCGCUCAAAUUGCAUGUGGCCAUAGAGGUGCUAAAACAGGCGCAGUACCGUAAGUGCAUAAUCUUCAGCAACGAAAGCCACACGCGGAUGCUAACGGCAAACACUUUGGAAAGGUUGGGGCUGUCCUGCACCGUCAGCAGUUCCAGGCAAUCCACUGACACACGGCAGCAGGUGGUCGAAAAUGCCGAGAAGAACGAUCGGAAUGUAGUCAUCGCUGCCGAUUUGAUGAGCCGCGGAAUACACAUAGAUGACGUCGACCUCAUCAUAAACAUGGACCUGCCGUCGUCCAAGGAGGCAUUCCUGCACAGGUCUGGCAGGACCGGACGUUUCGGCAAGCCCGGAAUCUGCGUGUGCAUAUGCUCCGAUCCAGAAAUGGAUACGCUAAGGUACCUGGAGUACUCGCUCAAUUUCGAAUGCUCCCAUAUCGAAGAUGUGCUUCACGUCGACAAAGGUGAUGAAGCUUCACCAGAGAAACGUGAGGAUGAAGCUGACCCGCAACAAAUCGCCAACCCAACCGCAAAUGUUGUAUCAGGUAUUGCAAAAGCCGCCGAAACGGGCGGCAGUGUACAGUCGAAAUGUUCACCCCGGCAGAAACCAACUUCUGUUAGCACAAAGAAUGCACCAGGGGUCUCAAGUAAACACGAGGUAACUGCAGACAACAAAGAGUUCUAUACUCCGCAUCAACGUAUUGAGGACACGCUACGCGAUACUCUGGUUGCGUCCAUACACAGCAAAGUGUUCCCCGGGCUCAUGGAAUACGUAAUCCCCGCAUUCUCCAUACUCGCGAAACACGACGUAUACCUGGAGGGCGCGGAACUCGCUAGCGCGCGUAGUGAAGACCAUGGCCAUCUGAGCGGCCCGACUUCGGAAAACGCCUUUAGAAUCAAGUUCGUCGAAUAUCACACAGCGCGGGUGAUACUCCACGUCUCCUCAGACCUCUACCAGGCGAUUGCCGCCUGUGACAAAGGAGAAGAGUUUUCCGAAUCCUUGUACCAUAUAAUCGCCAUUCAGGAAAAUGGCAGCGCCAUUUCAAUCCUGGACCCCGUCCACCGCAUUUUCAGGACGGUGGAGGGCCCGCUCCUAAUCACCGUGGUCGGUUGCAGGGACGCCUUGGAGCUGAUUAGCGGGCUUCUGACCAUGCUGAAUGUAGAAUUCGUCGUACACGAGACUCGCAGGAAAGACAAACACGUGGUCUCUUUUUCUUACAUUGCGUCCAAUUUGUCAAACUGCCGGGGCAAUGCCGCCACCACCGCCGGGAGGGCGAUGAUAGUAGACCUGUUCAGGGAGCGGUUCGCCGAAGAGUGCAGCCAGGACAUGCUGCUGUGCACGGACGUGAUGGUGACGCACUUCAUCCGCGAGACUGGCGCGUCGUUCCCCGCGGCCUUCACGCUCGCCUACCAGGCGGUAACGCAGGAGCUCUACGCGACGGGCGCCGACAUGGGCACGGACGGCGCCACCAACAGGCGUGCUCGCAACCUCAUACUGCGGCACCCCUUCGACGUCCACGCACACAACACGUAG